AUGGCCACCGAUUUCAAAUCCAUCCCUCUAAUCGAUAUCAGUCCCCUAGUUGAGAAAUGUGAUGAUCCGAACAUGGGUCAGGAUGAAAUGGUAGCAGAAGUUGUGGGGCAAUUGGACCGGGCUUGUAGAGAAGCUGGGUUCUUCUAUGUGAAGGGCCAUGGCAUUCCUUGCUCUCUUAUAAAGGAGAUUAGAAGCAUCUCGCGCCAGUUUUUCCAUUUGCCGUACGAGGAGAAGCUCAAGAUUAAGCUGUCGGGAGCGACUGGAUACAGAGGGUAUCAAAGAGUCGGCGAGAAUGUUACAAAAGGUGUUCCGGACAUGCACGAAGCUAUCGAUUGCUACAGAGAAGUCACAUCCGGGAUGUAUGGAGGUCUUGGCAAAACCAUGGAAGGAUGUAAUAAAUGGCCAAGUGACCCUCCAAGCUUUAAAACUUUAAUGGAGGAUUAUAUUAGUCGCUGCACAGAUCUGUCGAGGAACAUAAUGAGAGGGAUAGCUUUGGCAUUGGGUGGGCCAGUGGACGCAUUCGAAGGGAACAUAGCCGGCGACCCGUUCUGGGUGCUCCGUGUGAUCGGAUAUCCUGUUGUCCACCAUGCGAGUGGCAAUCUUAUGGCGAACGAUAAAAAUGAUGUGGGAUGUGGAGCUCAUACCGAUUAUGGUUUGCUGACAUUAGUGAAUCAGGAUGACGAUAUAACUGCACUGCAAGUGAGAAACAAUAGUGGCGAAUGGAUAUCAGCUGUACCUAUUUCUGGUACAUUUGUUUGCAAUAUUGGUGACAUGUUAAAGAUACUGACAAACGGUCUAUACGAAUCCACUCUUCAUCGGGUCAUCAACACCUCCCCAAAAUACCGCAUUUGUGUCGCAUAUUUUUACGAGCCAAACUUCGAUGCGGCUGUAGAGCCACUGGAGACGUGCGUGGAGAAAACGGGCGGGACCCGCAAGUUCGAAGCAGCUGUCUACGGCAAGCAUUUGGUCAGUAAAGUGCUGACUAACUUUGUACUGUAG